AUGAGCGGACAAGUAUCAGCAUCAAAGGCAAAGCGUCUCGCAGCUAGAGCAGCUAAGGCUGAAGCCAAGGGUGGUCGUGGUGGCAAGCGUGGAGCUAAGGCUGCUGCUGCUGCUGAGCAACCUUCAGUUGAUCAACUCGACAUGAACAAGGCCAGCAUCAAUGUCGAUCGUACUGCCACUGGUGUUUAUACUUCUCAGGAGCGUAGUCGUGAUAUCAAGAUCGAGUCGUAUUCGCUCAACUAUCACGGUCGUGUCUUGAUUGAUAACGCUACCAUCGAACUCAACUUUGGUCGUCGUUAUGGUCUUCUUGGUGCCAACGGCUCUGGCAAGUCUACUUUCCUCCAAUCUCUUGCUGACAGAGAUAUUGAGAUUCCUCCUCACAUUGAUACCUACUUGUUGAAUCAAGAGGCUGAGCCUUCUGAUAUGAACGCUGUUGAAGCUGUCAUUCAUCACGCCAAGAAUGAGGUUGCUCGUCUUGAAAAGGAAGUCGAAGAACUUUUGGGUGAAGACGAUGGUGCCGACAACCCCUUGUUGGAUGAUUUGUACGAACGUAUCGAAGGCAUGGAUCCUGCUACCUUCGAGACUCGUGCCUGUACCUUGCUCGCUGGUUUGGGUUUCACUACAAAGCAAAUGGCUAAGGCUACCAAGGACAUGUCUGGUGGUUGGCGUAUGCGUGUUGCUCUUGCACGUGCUCUUUUCGUCCGUCCUACUCUUUUGUUGUUGGAUGAACCUACCAACCAUUUGGAUUUGGAAGCCUGUGUUUGGUUGGAAGAAUACCUCAAGACCUAUGAUCGUAUCUUGGUGGUCAACUCUCACUCUCAAGAUUUCCUCAAUGGUGUCUGUACCAACAUUAUGCACUUGAACCAUAAGCGCAAGUUGAUCUACUAUGGUGGUAACUACGACAUGUUCGUCAAGACCAAGGAGGAAAACGAGAUCAACCAAGCCAAGGCCUAUGAGAAGCAACAAGAAGAAAUUGCUCACAUCAAAAAGUUCAUUGCUUCUGCUGGUACUUAUGCCAACUUGGUGCGUCAAGCCAAGUCCAAGCAAAAGAUCAUUGACAAGAUGGAGGCUGCUGGUUUGGUUGAAAAGGUUGAGAACCCUCACAAGUUCAAGUUCUCCUUCACGGAUGUUGCCAAGUUGCCUCCCCCUGUUCUUGCUUUCCAAGAGAUCACUUUUGCUUAUGAUGGUAACCCUGCCAACGCCUUGUACAAGAACAUUGAGCUUGGUGUGGAUAUGGAUUCUCGUAUUGCUCUUGUGGGUCCCAAUGGUGCUGGCAAGUCCACUUUGCUUAAGCUCAUGAGCGGUGAAUUGAUGCCUACCGAGGGUCGUGUCCAACGUCAUACUUCGCUUAAGCUCGGCAAGUACUCUCAGCACUCUGCUGAUCAGCUUGAGAUGGAUCUCUCCCCUAUCGAUUACAUGCGCAAAAAGUUCCCUCAAGUGAGCACUGAAGUCACCUUUUGGCGUCAACAGAUUGGUCGCUAUGGUCUUUCUGGUUCUCAUCAAACUUCUCCCAUUGCCCACUUGUCCGAUGGUCUCAAGUCGCGUCUUGUGUUUUGUGAACUUGCUGUGAUGCAUCCUCAUAUCAUCUUGUUGGACGAACCUACCAAUCACUUGGAUAUGGAAUCUAUCGAUUCGCUUGCUGAAGCUAUCAACGAGUUCUCUGGUGGUGUCGUUCUUGUUUCUCACGACUUUAGACUUAUCUCUCAAGUUGCUCAACAAAUCUGGCGCUGCGAGAACGGUAAUGUCAUGCCUUUCGAAGGUAGCAUUGCCGAGUACAAGGAAUCUCUCAGAAAGAAUGUCAAGUUGUAA